GAUAAUAUGAAUAAAGUCUCACGUGCCUUCACGGAUAAAUAUAUCCACCGCUUCACACUUCAUCUGACACCAGCGCUGUCGCUUCUUCCCUCCUCUCGAGAACCUGCCGGCGCCCUCUCCCUCCUCCCCUCCACGUAUAGUUCAAAAACCACCGGAACACAGCACCAGAAUCUCCAAAUGGCCGAGGGCAAGGAGACCGACUCGCCACAGCCGCCGUCCAAGCACCCCCGCCUCUCCUGCGCCAACCCGAACGCCGGAGAGGUGACCAUGGCAGCCUCGUUACCGCUGGUUCUUGGGCUAGAGCUGGGGCUCGGCAGCAGCAGCUGCGGCGCGCGAGACGUGGAAGCAUCUUCCGCGGAGGCGACACGCAAGAGGCCGUCGGUGCUGACGUUCAUGCAGCAGCAGGAGCUGGAGCACCAGGUGCUCAUCUACCGCUACUUCGCUGCGGGCGCGCCCGUGCCGGUGCACCUCGUGCUCCCUAUCUGGAAGAGCGUCGCCGCCGCCUCCUUCGGCACUCAGCGCUUCCCCUCCCUGACGGGUCUGGGGAGCCUGUGCUUCGACUACCGCAGCAGCAUGGAGCCGGAGCCCGGUCGGUGCCGGCGCACGGACGGCAAGAAAUGGCGGUGCUCGCGCGACGUGGUGCCGGGGCACAAGUACUGCGAGCGGCACGUCCACCGCGGCCGCGGCCGUUCAAGAAAACCUGUGGAAGCCGCCUCCGCAGCCUCUCCGGCGCCGAACGCGGCGGGCAACCGCGGCGCCGUCCACAGCGGCCCGUCCCCACGGGGCCUCGGCUUCUCCCCCACCAGCGUCCUCGCCCACAGCGCUGCGCGUGCCAAAUGAGACCUUGUCCCUAUCCCGCCGGGGGCCGCGUUGUCUCGGCUUGGAUCCCGGGAUGACGAUGGAAAACGGAAUCCGCAGGGAUCACUAUGUCGUGUGGCUAUGUGCUGUAGCCUUUUUUUCUCUCGCAACUUUUCGAACCAGUUUGCGCUGUCCGAUCGCAUGCAUUGCUUCUCUUCUCUUGUUAAGUUACGUCACUACUACGGAAACGGUUCGAAAACUCCAACAGUUUUUCAAUCAUAUGUGAAGAAAUAUCUAUAAAUUAGAUUUAUAUAGAUGGUUCAAAUUUGUACAGAUGAAUUUUGAACCGUCUGUAUAAAUUUUUUUAUAGACAGCUCCAAUAACUAGCUGUCUGUAAUAUGGCUAUAUCACACACGACUGAUGGUUUGAAGUUUUAAGUCGUCUGUGAUAUAACAACAGUACAUACAGUUAGAAUUUUGAUCCGUCUGUCCUAUAUAACAGAGUCUGUUGUAAAAAAUAUUUGUACAGACGAUUGUAUUACUAAAA